UUUGGUUCCCAGUUGAUCAGAUCUCUCAGCUUGCCCUUCCAGUUCUGAUCCUAGCCCGGAUUUUUGGCGUACUACCCGUGGCCGGGAUAAAUCCUAAUGGCAAGCCGGAAAAUGUUCGCUUUCGCUGGUUUUCCCCGUACAUUUUGUUUUUCGUCGUGGCAUUCACAUUUGUAAUCGCUGACUUCAUGCUCUCAACUAAGAUUGUUCAUAACGAUGGCUUUCAGCUGUAUACCAUGGGCUCAUUGAGUUUUAGUGUGAUUUGCAUAUUUUGUUUCGGAUCCUUUUUAAAACUGGCCCGUCGAUGGCCCCAUAUCAUCCGGGAAACAGCGCUAUGUGAGCGGAUCUUUCUGAAGCCCUGCUAUGCGAACCAAGAAGGACUAAAUUUCAGCCGAUUUCUUAGGCGUUGGGCAUUGAUCCUUCUGGUGGCCGCUCUAUGUGAACACAUGACUUACGUGGGAAGUGCGGCUUGGAGUAACUAUGUUCAGAUUCGGGAUUGCAAUCUGAAGGUGGGAUUUGUGGAGAACUACUUUCUCCGCGAGCGCCAGGAGUUAUUCUCGGUUUUUGAAUACCGCGUCUGGAUGGUGUUCCUUAUCGAAUGGAACACCAUGGCCAUGACUUUUGUCUGGAACUUUGGCGACAUAUUCCUGUUUCUCAUGUGUCGAGGCUUGAAGAUUCGUUUUCAGCAGCUGCACUGGCGUAUUCGCCAGAAUCUAGGAAAGCCCAUGGCCAAGGAGUUCUGGCAGGAAAUACGUUCGGACUUCUUGGAUCUGGACAGCCUGCUGAAGCUCUACGACAAGGAGCUGUCUGGACUGAUUCUGGUCUGCUGCGCCCACAACAUGUACUUCAUUUGUGUCCAAGUCUACCACAGUUUUCAGGUCAAAGGAGCCUUUAUGGAUGAGCUGUACUUCUGGUUCUGUUUGCUUUAUGUGAUCAGUCGCUUGAUGAACAUGAUGCUGGCCGCUUCCUCGAUUCCCCAGGAGAUCAAGGAUAUAUCGAAUACCCUCUACGAGGUCCGUUCGAGUCCAUGGUGCGAUGAUCUGGGUCGUCUAAGCGAAAUGCUUCGCAACGAAACCUUUGCACUCAGCGGAAUGGGAUACUUUUUCGUAACCCGAAGGCUCAUCUUUGCAAUGGCUGGUGCCUUAAUGGGCUACGAACUGGUGCUGUUCCGGCAAAUGCAAGGUGCCGUGGUGCAGAAAAGUAUCUGCAGCCGCGGACCCGGUUCCUCCAUGAGCAUUUUUUUCUCUUAGCCCCUCUUAGCACUUCAUUUUCAUUUAUAUAUACGCCAUAAG